AUGACGAAGACGACGAUGACGAAGAGAGCGAGAAAAAGGAGAAAAAAGUCUUCCAAGGACUCCUCCGACUCCUCCUCCGAAGAAGAAGAAGAGGAAAAGAAGCCCAAGGCCAAGAAGAGCAAGAAGACGGCCGCGACAGGCAACUGGGCGCCGCCCGUCACCGACGACGACUCUAAGUUCAUGAAGCUCAUUUCGUGGAACUUGAACGGGCUCAACGCGGUACACAAGAAGGGCCACCUGGUCAAGUACGUGCGCGACGAGGACCCGGACGUGAUCUGCUUCCAGGAAACCAAGACCCAGACCUCGACCGCCAUCGCCCAGCUCCUGGGCAACGACUACCCGCACGAGUACUGGAACCACUCCGUCAACAAGCUGGGCUACGCCGGCACCGCCACGUUUUCGAAGGUCAAGCCAGUGAGCGUGACGUACGGCAUCGGGAUUGCGGAGCACGACGGCGAGGGCCGCGUGAUCACGACCGAGUUCGACCGCUUCUACCUGGUCAACACCUACAUCCCCAACGCCGGCCAGAAACUCGAGCGGCUCGGGUACCGACAGGAGUGGAACAAGGACUUCCUGGCCUAUCUCAAGAAUUUGGAGCAGACCAAGCCCGUCGUGUGGUGCGGCGAUCUCAACGUGGCUCACCACGACAUCGACAUCGCCAACCCCAAGACCAACCAAAAGACGGCGGGCUUCACCAAGGAGGAGAGGCGCGACUUCGGCCAGCUGCUCGAGAGCGGCUUCGUCGACACUUUCCGGCACCAGAACCCGGACCUGCAGCAGUUCACCUACUGGUCCAAUCGCUUCAACUGCCGCGCCAAGAACCUCGGAUGGCGGCUGGACUACUUUGUCGUCUCCAAGGACUUCCUGCCCGAGUGCGACAAGUCGUUCGUGCGACCCAACGCCCUCGGCUCCGACCACUGCCCCAUCGGCCUCCUCGUGCGCAAGGCCGAGUAG